AAAGGAGGAUGCAGUUGAGUGACUAUCGGAAGUAAAGGGAACAUAUUGUGACUCUUAUCAAAGGGAAGAGGUAUCAAGAAUGGCAAGAAUGGCUAAGUUUUACGACCUAACGGCGAAACUAUUAUCCGGAGAAACGUUUAAUUUCUCCUCCCUGCAGGGCAAAGUUGUCCUCAUUGAGAAUGUGGCGUCUCUCUGAGGGACGACCACCAGGGAUUACACCCAGAUGAACGAGCUUCAUGAGCGCUACGCCGCCAAGGGGCUCGUUAUCCUGGGAGUGCCCUGCAACCAGUUCGGCCAUCAGGAGAAUUGCAAGAAUGAAGAAAUCCUCAUGUCUCUGAAGUACAUCCGUCCUGGAAAUGGCUUUGAGCCAAAGUUUCAGCUCCUGGAGAAAGUGGAUGUGAACGGGAAAGAUGCCCAUCCCCUGUUUGUGUUCCUGAGGGAGAAGCUGCCAUUCCCCAGCGAUGAGCCAGCCGCCCUGAUGAAUGACCCCAAGUUAAUCAUGUGGAGCCCGGUCUGCAGGAACGACGUGGCGUGGAACUUUGAGAAGUUCCUCAUUGGGGCGGAUGGCGAGCCCUUCAAGCGCUACAGCAGGAGGUUCCUCACCAGCGACAUUGAGGGAGACAUCAAGAAGCUCCUCAGCCAGGCCAACUGAUGAAGCCGUCCUCCCAAACGUUGUUCACCCAUCCUACAGCUUCCACCGGCUUUUUUUUAUUUUUUAGCACGUGUGUAACCUUCAGUUUUGUGGGGAAAACCCCUUUAGGCUAAUUGUUUUUCCCUCCAUAGCUUCUGUAGAUGGUGUACAACAUUUUCCCAGACCACCUGUGCUCUCUUGUAUGCAAUGGCUGUGUUCUGUUCUUUUACUACAUGAAGGCAUCCUCUGAAACCAAGUCAGUUGUGAGGGGGGGUAUCUGAUGAAAUGUAAAAGGCUGAACGUGUCAGCUGCAUUGUGUGCAUGUAAAGCACAGCUGUGGUUUGAUGUAUUAAGAGGACCAAUAAAUGUAUUUUUUCAAACAUU